CUCACAGUGGAGUGAACCAGUGACAGGCUUCGACUUGAGAUUGCUGACUGAAGAGUUGACCAACACACGUGUCGCCCUGCAAUCAACGAACGGCUGCGAGGAAGACUUGAGAGCUGAAAUUCGACAUUCGUCUGUUCUGAGUGUGGUUUUCAGAGGGCUGCUUGCGGUUGAGUGUUUACUGUUGGCAUCCUACUGGUUGAUCGGCUGUCUUCAUUCUCGCCGGAUCGUCCCCCGGGCUGCGAUUCAAGAGGCCGCUGGGGACUCAGAGAUAGACACCCCAUCCAGUUCAAGAACAGACACACCCAGUGCAUCUAGCCCAACGCGGCGAUCAGGACCGGUCAGACCUUCGGACCUCCGUCGGCAUGGCCGCAGCCGUGAUGACAUUGGACAUCCCGGAAAUACAGGUGAUAGUUGAAUAUGCUGCUGACCCAAACGCCUUUUAUUGGCACCACAGGGUAUUGCUGCACAAGCUGGCCAAUGGCAUCUGGCUAGCACUCACGCCGGAUAUGGACGUGGUCCGCCAUGACCUAAACAACCAGAAUCACAUCGUUCUAGAGAGAAAUUCUUAUUUCCCUCGGGCUCAGGCACCAUAUGUCUACGCGAUGGACCCUGUCUCCCGAGCUGUGCUUGAAUCAAAGAAGAGAACGGCGCGGAACCAAGCCAUUGUCUUGGGAGAUGAGGACAUGAUUGACAUCGCUCAGACUGUGUGGCUGGUAGCACAGCCAGGCCACCCGAGUUUUGGUGAGACAAUUCCGCGAGAUGUGGUGGAGGACAAUCAGAUUUCCAUAGUGUUUGAGUCAAAGGGGGUGACCCUGAGGGAUGGUGAAGAGGUCUUCAUACAGAUGAUGCAGGCUUCAGAAGUUGAAGAAUUCAAGAAGGGGCAACAGAGUGAAGAGCAAGAUUCUCGCAUCCUAGGAGUGCACACGGACAAGUCAGGCAAAAGACGCUUGGAGUUGGAUGACGGACUCUUGCUGAUGAGAGAAGACAAGAUGGACGACUUCCCCCUGGGAGGUGACAUUCGAGCAGUCAAAAAGUUCCUUGAGGCAGUGUUAGAAGGGCCGGGAAACCUACCUCGCUACCACGUAGACUGGCAGCGGUUGAGUGGGAUCUCAGACACAUCAAGCAUCAGCUUCGCGCACAAGCAUCUCUGUGAAAUGUUGCGAUUAAUGAUUUCCUAUGACCAGGUGAACCCAUGCAACUUGGCGAGCGCAGAGUAUCUAGUGAGGUGGUUGAUUCAGCUUGAGACUGCAGUUGAGAGGAAUCCUCGAGCUCCGUCCUUCCAUGGAUUGGAGCUGAUCAUGGGCGGCCCCACCACAGCCGAAGGAAAAGCAGUGACCAGAAAGUUCACCGAGCACUUGACAGCACUCCUCAAGACCCGUGCAUCCAUUUGGAAACAAGAGAGGCAAGGGUGGCCCGGGUCAUCGCACAGAGGGGACGCUCUGAUGGCCUGGGAAGGACAGUCCCCACUCAUAAGUGCAUGUGCUGAGACAGUGAGUCGAGACCGCCGACAUGGUGAUCCAUUUCCACUGCCUCUCCAAGCUAUGAAUUCAGUAGACCCCGAACCGGGGAUUCAACUACGCCUGCAGCUGAUGAACGAGGCUGUGAAGUCAGUCAACGGAUUGGCCGGCUCAAUGAUGAAUUCGCGCAAGUAUCCGAAGCGCUCACAUGGCUCUUGGUCACCCACCUUUGUGCAGCAAGUGGUCUUGAAGGACAUGGAGGAGAGAGUUUCAAAGUUCGCUUGCUGUCCACUCGAAAUGAGGGAGGAGGAUGCCUUGAAGGAACUGACCAAGAGCGCAAACCUGUAUUCGCAGGAGGCCAGCCACCUAGCCUCCUUUGAUGUGGGUCGCAUUAAGAUCUUCAAGAGGAGGCUGCGACCAAUGGACGCAUCGGCCCUUUGUCCGCCAAAUGUCAGGGAGAUGUUGAAGCACCAGGCUCAGUUCAUCGAGAAGACAGACGAAGAAAUUCAGCUUGGUGAGGUAACCGGGCCAGUGGAACCCUACUGGGAUCCGGUGUUGAAGAAAGACAGAGAGAAGAGGAAAGAGCUGUAUAUCGCCCUGUGGAACUCUGGAUUGCUUUGCUUUAGACGGCGUCGCAAGUCAACCAUUGGUUUUUUUACAGUUCACAAGAAAGACGGCAUGCAGAGAUUGAUCCUUGACUGUAGAAUAGCAAAUACAUGUCACAAGAGACCGCCAACAACCAGACUGGCAACACCCGCUUCCUUCCGUGGAAUUGACAUGACCGAAGACACCUUCAGCAGUCGUGGCUUUGGGGGGAUCAUGGGCGAUGCAGCUGGAAAUGAGGGGGACGUCGGCGAUUGUUUCUACAAUUUUGCUAUUCCUGGUCUAGCUUCUUAUGUUGCCACCAGAGAUGCCUUUACCACUUGGGAGUUGGAGCGGCGUGGCGGUUGUACUUGGCAACCAGGGCUUUGCUUAGACGUGGCCGCGUCUCAGGAGAAGUUCUGCGGGCGCGCCUGGGUUUGGCCUUCGGUGCGGUCUGAGAUGAGGCUUGUGAUGGGGCUCAUUUUUUUGGGGCAGCUUGACUGGGCCAGUGAAUUUUGCAACACUGUUUACAUUGGUGACUCUUCAACCUACGGGUACUCCUUGAUGAGAACGAGACAAGAACCAUAUAGAACGGCCGAUGGCAAGCUGAAGUGGAGAAGCAAGACAUCGGCAGCGGGCGAAUACCCUCUAGGCCUGUGCCGCGCAUGGGCACUGGCCGCUAGGGAGAAUGCCCCUAGCGCUGCGUGGCAAGCGGACACAAGAGAGUUCGCAACAGCUGUACACCAACGCUUGCAAACGAUUGCUGGCUCCUGGCGUCGACCGCUCGGGGGAGACGAGACUAAGAAUCGCCCGGACAUCCAGCCAUCUUCGCAGCCACUCUGCAGAGCGAAAGCCUACAAGCAGCCCAUCAUCUUCGGCCAACACACCAAGGCCGAGGCAGCAUGGCUCCGCUCUCAAGGCCGCCUGGAGAAGCUCUUGGCACAGCGGAACGGACCCCUCCUCGCCAAGCUGGAACGUGUUCAGGCGAUCGACAAGGAAGCGCUAUCUUUUGACGAUGAGAUGGUCCUGGACGCCGUGAGCCCGUCCGCGCUGGAGCGCGCGAGGCGUGCGAUGGAAGAAGACCACUACACCGUCAUCCAUGAUGAGGAAGGAAACCUCGUGCACUUCGAUGACCAUCUGACCUUGGGUGGCAUUGCCUGUGCAUUGUCUCAUCGCAAGGCCUUGCGACGCAUUGCGGAGCACCCCACCGCCGAGUGGGGCUUAGUGCUGGAGGACGAUGUGAACGCGGUGGUUCCCCGGGUGGAUUUGGCCAUUGCCAAGCUUUGGGCGGAUUUGCCUGACGAUUGGGACGCGGUGUGCUUGGCUUACCACGACGAGCAGGGCAGGGUGCAUCCCUCAGCGGUCAACUACGAGGAGAGCUACGACGGCGUGCGAGUGCUGGCGUCGCCGGGCCAUGUCUUCGGCUUAGGAGCUUGGAUGGUACGAAAAGAGGCGGCCUUGCAGCUGGUGGAGCACGCCUUCCCCAUCCAGAGUCAGGUGGACUACACGCUCACCAGCUGGUUAGCCCAAUUCCGCAGGAGGCUGUGGAAAGUGGACCCCAGGAACCUCCUGUUCUAUUGCCCCUCCAGCGAGGAGGAGAUGGAUUCGGAUGUCCAAACCAUGGCGCCCAUUGCCAAGAUCGAGGAGGAGCAUCAGUCGCUGCAAGCCUACCUGGACUACAUGAACGGGAGGCCGUCCGAUCCCUAUGCUGAUUGGGACUUUGACCUGGACGAUGAAGGAGAUCCCUUCGACGAGGAGGAAUGGAUGCGCCGCUGGCAGGAAGAGCGCUACGAGGAGUACUACAGCCGGUUGAGAUCAGAAGGCUAA